ACUUUGUUACUUGUGCAAACAUCACCUACUUUUAAGUUUGCUGUCAAAUAAUUAAAUAUUUGUGUAGUGACAAUUUAUUUUUUCUUUGGUUUUAUUUUCUGCAGGAAGAUUAAUCUUCAAAAUUCAAGAUGACAACAAGAGAGAAAGCAAGUGAACAGAUGGCCGAUUGGCAACGCAGUAACGGAAAACCGGACACUGCAACGACUGGAACUGGUGCCCCUGUUGGUCUGAAAACGGCCUCACUGACGGUGGGGCCACGAGGACCGCUCCUCAUGCAGGAUUUCGUCUUCACCGACGAGAUGGCACACUUCAACCGCGAGAGAAUCCCUGAAAGAGUCGUCCACGCCAAGGGAACAGGAGCGUUUGGCUAUUUUGAAGUGACUCACGACAUUACAAAGUACUGCAAGGCGAAAAUAUUUGAAUUUGUGGGAAAGCGGACCCCAUGUCUUGUGAGAUUCUCCACAGUAGGUGGUGAGAAGGGAUCAGCCGACACGGCCCGAGACCCGCGCGGGUUUGCGAUGAAGUUCUACACAGAGGAGGGGAACUGGGACCUGGUGGGCAACAACACUCCUAUCUUCUUCAUCAGAGACCCAAUACUGUUUCCCAGCUUUAUCCAUACCCAGAAGAGAAAUCCUGUUACAAACUUGAAGGAUGCUGACAUGUUUUGGGAUUUCAUCACUCUGCGCCCAGAGUCGACCCAUCAGGUGUGUGUUCUGUUCUCAGACCGGGGAACCCCCGAUGGUCAUCGCCACAUGAACGGGUAUGGCAGUCACACCUUCAAGAUGGUCAACACCAAGAACGAGGCGGUCUACUGCAAGUUCCACAUGAAGACGGACCAGGGAAUCAAGAACCUGGAUGCUGCUACAGCAGGAAUCCUCAAUGGGACAGACCCGGACUACUCCACGCGUGACCUCUUCAACGCCAUUGCCGAGGGCAACUACCCAUCCUGGACUCUGUACAUCCAGAUCAUGACCUUUGGGGAAGCAGAACGGUUCCGGUGGAAUCCUUUUGACCUGACAAAGGUCUGGCCACACGGUGAGUUUCCCCUGAUUCCAGUGGGGAAGAUGGUACUGAACAGAAAUCCUAAAAAUUACUUCACGGAUGUUGAACAGUCAGCUUUCUCACCGGCCCACAUGGUGCCGGGCAUUGAACCCAGUCCAGACAAGAUGUUGCAGGGUCGCCUGUUUUCUUACUCCGACACUCACCGUCAUCGUCUGGGCAGCAACUACCUCCAGAUUCCUGUCAACUGUCCGUACAACGCCCGCCCCAAGAACUACCAGCGAGAUGGCCCACAGUGUGUGGAUGAUAACCAGGGUGGUGCUCCUAACUACUUCCCAAACAGUUUCAGUGGACCCCAGGAUCAGGCGACAUUUAGGGAAUGUCCAUUCAAAGUUUCUGGCGAUAUCCAGCGUUACGAAACCGGCAACGAUGACAACUACAGCCAAGUGACCACGUUCUGGGAAAAGGUCCUGACGACCUCGGACAAAAAUGCACUGGUGUCCAACAUUGCAGGACAUUUGAAGGAUGCUGCCCCCUUUAUCCAAAAGAGGGCUGUUGACAGUUUUACCAAGGUGCACCCCGACUUUGGCCGUCGCCUGCAAGAAUCGCUAAAUAAGCACCGCAGCAAGGCUGUCUCACAACGUUUGUAAUGUGUAUCUAGGCCAACUUAUGAUAUGGAUACACCUCCUGCAUCAUGACAAUGUCAAAUCUGCAAGCUCAACGAUCGGCAAACGGUGGUAUAGUCAAGAAACUGUCUAGUGUUUCAUUCUGAUUGAUUUUUUAUUGAUUGGAAUUCCUUAAACACAGCUGUUAAUAACUGCAGUGUUGUUGAUUGUGUUAAAUGUGAUUUCACCAUCCACCAGACCUUGCAAUGCUAUGCAAAAAAACGUGUUGCAUUUCUUUUAUCAUAUUAUGACUGCUAUAAGUUGAAUAAUGCUAUCAACUGGGAUAUUGAUUCUUGGGUAGUGUAAUAUUCUCCACUGUAUAUUAGUUUUUUGUAGCUUCUCUGAAUCAUAGUUUUAAAGGCAGUUUCUUAUGGCUGAGUGAGUCUUUUUUUUAAUAUAAUAUACAGUAUUAUGUUUACUGGGUAGCAUAAUAAAACACUACAGAGACUUUUGAAAACAGGCAUUCUAGAGAUGAAAUAUAAAGCUGCCUCCAUACAUUCUUGUUCUUAUAUUAGCCACAGCAACAAACUGGGAAACAGAAUGUGCAGCAUAAGUAACAUAUGGAUGUAACAGUUUAAAUAAUAAAAAUAAAAAUAUUUAACUUUUCCCCCAAGAUGGAUCACCUUUUUUUGUCCUGCUGUAUAUUGAAAAGGAAAGUUAUAUCUAUAAAUAUAUACACCAUAUUCAAUUUUGUGAUGUUUAUUAGGUAAUGUGGCAGUUUAUUUUAAUUUGUGACUUAGAAAUUGAACAGUUGUAUCAUUAAAGGACGUUACAGGGUGGGAUUGCUGUUGGAACAGUAGCCAACAUUUGUGUCUCUUUCGUUUUAAAAAAUAUGAUGUAAUUAUAUAUAUUUUAUUGUGUAAUUCUUAUAUAUCAUGUUUGUUAUGCAAUUCUCAUUUGUAUAUUACCAUGAUGAUUAUAUACUGAUGGAAAGAAGUAAGGGACCACACCAACACUAACAGAAAAAACUGACUGAAACCAAAAGUCCCAUCCAUAGUGUCGGGAAGUUAACUAUGUUAUGUGCAUCUAACCUACCAUUGCUGGCAUUCAAUCCAACAUUACAGCUUUUUUCUUAUACAGACAAUAUGACGUCAGUAUAUAUUAUAGUGAGUUAAAUUUGGUCAUCAAUACCAAGCGUUCCUUUAUUUCCUUCUCCAAGUAUAAAAUGAUUAAUAAAUACUUAAAACCAUCACCACUGUUAUAAUUAUUGUUUUUAAAUGAUUUAAUUAUGUGUGUGUGUGUGUGUGUGUGUGUGUGUAUAUAUAUAUAUAUAUUGUGUGUGUGUCUAGUUUUGAUUUGUGUAUUCGUAUAAUGAUUAUUAAUAAUAGGGCAUUAUAGUACAAGCUAUGAUUUGAUUUACAUGUGAAUCUUGACUGUAUAGACUAGUUAAGGGCUUAUUGCUUAUUGCAUCAUUGUUUUAUCUUUACUACACUGCUUUGACAUAUUGCUUGUAGCAGCCAUGUACAAUACAUUAUUUUGUAUACAUGUCAAAGGAAAAAGUUUAGUUUUGUUGAAACUCCAAAAUAUUCAUAAUAAAUAAUCAGAAAUAUUGGAUGGUUAAUCAUUGAAUAUGUGGAGCAAUAAAGUAUUACACGUUUGUGUCUUUCUCUUUAGUUAAUAUUUGAAUAUGUGGAGCAAUAAAGUAUUACACGUU